CAGAAAUUUCUUCUAUUGUUCAAUCUAGCUGUUGCUGCGACCUAAGACACCAUAGGUAAACUACUGCUUGGUUCUGUGGUCCAAUAUUAGACAGAUUUCAAUCAUGGCGACGUUCUUCCAGAGCGUCCGUCAGGGAUUUGGUAGGGGUGGGAAUAAGAACAACAAUAACAACAACCCUCCGAAAAAUGGCACGGCACCAUCGAAUCAGCAGUCACCUACGUAUUCGUCGAGUCAAACCGCAAACACGAAUGCAUCCUCGGUCUCGUCCCCGCUUAGUGCUGAUAAUACCCCGAGUGAGCGUGAAGGCAUCAAGUACUUCUUCCAGGAGAAAUAUGCGCCCCUCAACGUCAAGGGGAAUUUUUUGACUCUCUGUGCUUGUCCGAAGAAUGUAGAGCUUGGGGAAUGGCUGGCCCAUCAGAUUGUGGAACAAAACCGCCUCAUUCAUGGCAUGCUCCAAGUGGUCCAGGAAGUCAACACUCAUACCGGGCUUCCAAUCUGUAACGAACUAACUUGCCCUACCAUGUCUGCUGGAAACCUGACAUAUACCUGGUUGGUGGACGGGAAAGCAGCGAAGAUAUCGGCUCCCAAAUUUAUAAAUCGCGUCGAGAAAUGGAUCGUGAGCAAAAUCCACGACCCGGUGAUGUUCCCGACGGAACAAGUGUCAUCGCCUCCCACCACCUUCGCCGUUGCUGAACUCACAACUACGCCUGGGUCUGUAGCAAAUCCGUCGCCAGCCAGCCCACCCGCAGGAGCCACGAACAAUACCAAUUCCGCUGGAGCGACUCCCCAAGAUUGGAUUGGUAAAUCAAGUGGUUUCCCACCAACGUUCUACAAGGACUGCCAAGGCAUUAUGAAACAAAUGUUCCGUUGCUACGCUCAUUUGUAUCAUGCCCAUUGGGAAAACCCGUUUUGGCAUAUUAACAAACACGAGGUUUUGAAUAUGUGCUUCGUGCAUUUUGUGACGGUAGCUAAAUACUACAAGCUUGUCGCUGACAAGGAGAUGGAACCGAUGCAACCGUUGAUCGACAUUUAUAUCAAGCAGGAGAAAAUCCCUCCAGAAGCCCUUGCCGGUCACUGGGCCCAGCAGCCUGCUGCUCCCUCUACGUCUUCUCAAGGAUAA